AUGGCCACUUCAACUGGUACCGGGUGGGCUCAGCUCCGGCAGCAAGCCCGCUCGCUCGAGACACAGACCGAGAAUCUUUUCCAUAGCUACUCGCAGUUUGCUUCGAUGGCAAAGCCACCGCAAAACCCCUCCGAGGAUGAAGUACGGAUUGAAUCGCAGUUGAAGGAUAUCCUGGAAAGACGUGACUCUCUCAUCGCCCAACUCUCCCGUCUCCUCGACUCCGAGGCCACCCUUACAGCCUCCGCUCUGAAACAGAACAACCUCGCCCGUCAUCGCGAAAUCCUCCAAGAUCACCGCCGCGAGCUCCAGCGUUUGACCUCCGCCAUUGCUGAAACCCGUGACCGAGCUAAUCUGCUCUCCAACGUUCGCUCCGAUAUCAGUGCGUACCGGGCAUCGAAUCCAGAUACCGCCGAGGCCGACUACAUGCUCGAGGAGCGGGGUCGGAUUGAUGAGAGCCACAGUAUGAUGGACGGCGUCCUGAGCCAGGCAUACGCUAUCAACGAGAAUUUCGGUCUCCAGCGCGAAAACCUGGCUAGCAUCAAUCGCCGUAUUGUGAGUGCUGCCGGCUCAGUCCCGGGAAUGAACGCUUUGAUUGGAAAGAUUGGAACCAAGAGGAGACGGGAUGCCAUCAUCUUGGGUGCCUUCAUCGGAUUCUGCUUUCUGAUGCUCCUUUUCUUCCGAUGA